AUGAAGUUGAAGAUGUUGUUCGAUUACACCGAACAAAGCAGACUUGCAAUGUGAGUUCGCACGAAAAUCGGCACGUUUAGCGGAGAAUGGUUCCAGCGCCGCCACCUUGUUGCACGAUUGUAUUGGAUUGGGAAACGAUGCGACCGGCUUUGAUAGUUGGGCGUCCUGGGUUUUUUUGCAAUUUACUCUUUUUCUUUAGACUGUUUCGGGGCAUCGAUGGCCUCGAUACUAUCCGCGUGUUUAAACGCUAAUAUGGGCCUUGGUGAGUUUGAAUUUGUGCAUAAAAACGCGAAUUUAUUGUAUCGAUAUCGUGAUUUAAGACCAAUGCGGUAUCUUUUUGACAAAUGGAAUCUAUGAGGCGUGCGAGCAGAUCGUUAAUUGUAAGUCGCACCGGCCAAAAAAUUUAAAGUUUGUGUGUUUUCAGACGAGAAUUGCAUUAACAUUUCGUUCAACAAAGGUCUCCAGUAUCCGCCGACAGCGAAUAGCACCCAAGCGCCGAGAAGUGUGGCUCCGGCGCCGGCCCCGACCCCCACUGCCGCUCCGUUUCCGCUCGUUCCGACGAUUGGAGGAUUCGCCGGUGGAGCGGUCUUGAUGGCCAUCAUCCUGACGCUUGUGUUUGUGAUUUGGACGAAGACGAAGGCGAAGAACAAGAACAAGACGGUGGGCGGAGCGAGUGCAACUCCGAAACCGAUUUCCAAGGCGAGCAAUUCGAAGGAAGGCAAGAAGCAGAACAAGGCGCCGAAAUAG